GGAAAAGGUCAGAGUGUGGCGUGGUGUGGUGUGACUUUCGAGUGGCACCGCUGAUGGGCCUUGUGGACUUCACUACCUGGCAACCAUCGGUUGGAUCCAUGUCAUGUUGCGCUCGACACAACCGCAGGUCUGCAGCACGAGACUAUGAGACCUUUGGAUUGAUUUGCAAGGCGUGACCGAUUUUAUUCGUAGAGCGCGUUGUGUCACUGUUGAAGGCUGCGAAGUUCGAGAUCGCCGCGCAACUCGCAACCUCAGCACGUUCCAUAAAUACCUCUUAUCACUUUUGCAUUUGAAGCUUAAAUGUUCGCAGCGGGCCACAUUCCAAACGCAUUCGGCAUCGCAUCAAUCCAGCCACUUAAGGUGGUGGCAAAGUAACCCUCGUAUCGGCGGUCAGCUUGCACUCGGGGCAGCGAUGGAGCCGCUACCAUUACCCCCCGCGGAGCUCAAAGCGCUGACGCCGUUCAUUCAGCGCAGCAAUGAGCUUCUCAAGGCGGACCCCAUCAUGUCAUACUGGUGCACUUUCUAUGCUGCGCAGCAAGGGAUCAGCGCUAAGCGGCAGGACAAAGAGUCCACCGAAAUGCUGAUGAAAGUGCUCGAUUCGCUCGAGGUGCGAAAAAUCGCACUAAAGCAACAACCCGCCAUCACGGACGACACGAUUGGGAACGCUUAUGUGGAAAACUUUGCGCUCAAGGUCUUCGUCGGCGCUGACAACGAAGAUCGCACGGGCAAGGCGACUCGGAAUACUGCCAAAAAGUUUAUCGCUGCCAGCAAUUUUCUUGAGCUGCUUAAGCUUUUCGGUGACCUCAAACCAGAGAUCGAGGAGAAGGUUAAAUAUGCAAAGUGGAAGGCAGGGGACAUUGCAAAAGCUUUCAGAGAAGGUCGCACACCGCAACCGGGACCGCCGGGUGGACUAGAGUCCGAG